AUGAAGAGCUUUAUAAAGGAGGAAAAAUGGGCAUUGAAGACUCUCGAUUCAUGGGGUACAAAACUUCCGGCUGGUAUUCUUGAAGGAUCACAUCUAUGGUUUGGUUCGUAUGAUGAAUGCAUUUAUCCACUUUAUUUACCAGCGAAUGAGAGUUAUGUUUCACAACCUUAUCCAACGAAAUUUUGUACAAUUUCAAGUGUACAUAUUAAUGAAAGUGACAAUGUAUUAUUUCGGAAACCAUCGUUACUCGUCGGAAUCUGCUUACCGGAAUCCUGCCAUUCAAAUGAUUUCCGAUCGCAGUCUCUGGAUCUUCAUUGCCAGUCGGAAGGAAGACAACUCUCCAUCGGUACAUUGUUAACGCUGAGCUUAAUCAUUUUGCUUACUUUCUUCGUAUGUCUUGCUGAAUUUAUUCCUCCUUUGAAGGAAUAUUCUGUUCUGUCAUCAUUGAAACGAAUCUUUUCAUUGAACCAUCAGCAUUCAACUUAUUCAUGUCUGAAUGGAAUUCGCGCACUUUCAUUAUUCUGGAUUAUAUUCGGUCAUGUGUACAUUUUCCAGUUGACCAUUAUAGACAAUCCUGUUCGAGUCUUUGACAAUCUUCGUAAUUCAUGGGUAAACCAACUCGUCAUUGGUGCUGUGUAUGGUGUGGAUACGUUCUUUUUCAUCAGUGGAUUUCUCUCAGUAUCAGUUUUUAUUCACACAUUCAACGAUCAAAAUACUUUCCAUGUUCGAUAUUUAUUUCUCUAUUAUUUCCAUCGUUACUGUCGGUUAAUUCCAACUUUAGUGUUUGUAUUAUUAAUUAGCAUGUAUUUAUCGCCAUGGAUGGGUUCAGGACCGAUAUUUCCAACGGACAAUGGUUUUGAAGUACCAGCAUGCUAUCAUUCAUGGUGGGCAACAUUACUGUUCGUUAACAAUAUCGUCUCGCCAGAAAAAGCAUGUCUACCAGUAACUUGGUACAUUGCCAAUGAUUUUCAAUUUCAUCUAUUAGCACCUCUAUUUCUCAUCCCAUUCGUGUUAAAUCGUCGUCGAUGGACUUAUGCUAUAUUGGUUCUUAUUUUACUGAUAAAUAUAAUUACUAAUAUAAGUUUGGUUAGUACACAUCCAGGUUUCGAAUCAGGAUAUAUUGCAACAACCGAAGUACCAGUUGAUUUCUUUGAAAAAGUCUAUGUCACACCUUGGUGUCGUAUUGGCGCUUUUGUCAUCGGUAUGAUGACAAAAUUAAUUCUCGAACGAUGUCACUCAACUUUAUCGUCAAUUCAAGUGAUUCUAUACACAAUAAUUUCAAUUAUUCUAGCAAUAGUUUGUAUAUAUAUUCCAUUUUAUUCAGAUUAUGUACCGAAAUUUGUUCUUAUUCUACACCAAUCUUUAUCACGGCAAUGUUGGUCGAUUGCCAUCGGCUGGCUAAUCUUCGCUUGCUGUAACAAUAAUGCUCGAUUGAUUAAUAAAAUCCUUUCAUGGCCAUUCUGGACAAUCAUCGCUCGUUUGAGCUAUUCGGCUUAUUUAAUUCAUGUGACGAUUAUUCUCGUGCACAUUUAUAAUCGGGUGACAACUAUUCAUUGCCAAACAAGUGUUAUUCUCAACAAUUUUAUUUCACUGACAUUGUUGUCCUUGUUCGUGUCCAUCUUUAUAGUUGUUCUCGUUGAAACACCAUGCAGUUUAUUCGAAAGGCGAAUACGGAAAUAUUAUCGAGAAAGAAAACCAUUAGCAACCAAUCAUCAAUCAUAUGGAACAAUCAGCUAG